AUGGAAGAUGUACAAUAUACUGAAGUACGUGUGCCUGAAACACUACAGCCAUUACCACAUCCAUUUCAAGAGCUGCCAGGACCAAAACAUAUGCCACCAGUAGGAUCUCCUGUGAUAGAAUAUUUCAAUCUAUUCUUUACUAGGACGUUGCUGCAGCUUAUUGUAACUGAUACGAAUCACUCAGCUAAACAGUUUAUAACUAAACUUGCUACAUUGUCCAAACCGUAUAAGAAAUGGAAGAACGUAACAAGUACCGAGGUAAGAGGUUUUAUUGCUUGCUUACUAAAUAUGGGACUCAAUAAAAGGCCCACAAUGCUAUCAUACUGGAGCAUAAAACCGUCACAGGCAUUUCCAUGGUUUGGUAAAAUGUUUUCUGCCCACCAAUUUAGGCAUCUGAUGAAAUUCUUUCAUCUUGUGGAUAGUGAGAAAUGUCCAGCACCAGGCCAUCCUCAUUAUGACCUGUGUAUCAGGUACCAGCCAUUGGUACAUCAUGCUAAUAAUAUAUUUAGACAUCAUUACACACCUCAUGAACAACUUAGUAUUGAUGAGAGUCUAGUUGGCACUAAAUGUCACACUUCCCUAUUACAGUAUUUGCCAAACAAACACCACCACCAAUGA